AGACAUUGCUUGUUUUGUUGAGCAAUGACUACAUUACCCAUGAUGCUUUGCGCACGGCAAGACGAGAAGUGCUAAGGUAGAAGCGAGCAGCACUCUCGGUUUGUCCAAGUCAGCUUGAAGAGAUUUGACAUGGACCAAGACAACAAUUCAGAGGAUGAAUCGCUGGGACCAGCAGAUGACCCCUCAGAAGAUGCGCCGCCGUGCAUUCCUCCAGGACUUACCAACAGUGAAGCAAUGGAGCUACUAUGGCAGUAUCGAGCCCAGCGUCGGCAGUCAUCACCUGAGCUACCAGAGACAGUGACCCGUCUUGAAUCCCCUGAUGGCAGUCUGCUGUACCUAGUGGGCACUGCCCACUUUAGUGACAGCAGCAAAAGGGAUGUGGCCAAGACGAUCCGGGCUGUCCAGCCAGAUGUGGUAGUGGUGGAGUUGUGCCAGUACAGAGUGUCCAUGUUGAAGAUGGAUGAGAAUACGUUGCUGAGGGAAGCCAAAGAGAUUAACCUGGAAAAGGUCCAGCAGGCCGUCAAGCAGAAUGGGUUGAUGUCUGGCCUGAUGCAGAUACUUCUGCUGAAAGUUUCUGCUCACAUCACUGAGCAGCUCGGCAUGGCUCCUGGAGGGGAAUUCAGGGAAGCCUUCAAAGAGGCUGGGCGUGUGCCAUUCUGUAAGUUUCAUCUAGGAGACAGACCCAUCCCUGUGACGUUCAAGAGAGCCAUCGCUGCACUCAGCUGGUGGCAAAAGGUCCGUCUGGCUUGGGGUCUUUGCUUCCUUUCAGACCCAAUCAGCAAAGAGGAUGUUGAGAAAUGCAAACAGAAGGACCUGCUGGAACAGACCAUGUCAGAGAUGAUCGGUGAGUUUCCAGCUCUUCACCAGACUAUUGUGGCGGAGAGAGACAUCUACCUCACGCACACAUUGCGCCAGGCUACACGCUGUGUUGAGGCUCCCCCUAAUGCCCAGAAAAUGCCUGCUGUUGUAGUUGGAGUUGUUGGAAUGGGUCAUGUGCCUGGCAUUGAAAAAAACUGGGAUAACCAUCUCAACGUUAGUGAGAUUAUGAGUGUUGCACCCCCCUCCCAGUUUGGCUGGGUUUUGCAUGUGGUUGUUAAAGGCGUCAUGAUGGGGAUGCUGGGAUAUGUAUGCUACCGUGCCGGAGGGAGUUUAGUUAGAGCCAUGCUGUCUUCGUCCGCUGUCCGAUCAGUUGUGGACAAUCUGCGUCCAUUCCCAGCUUGACCUCACUGGUGAACUGAAAGCCUUCAUUGGCACAGUUAAUUCAUGAAAACAGUACAUUUUUUUACCAAUGGCCUUAAUAGAGGAUGUGGAGCUUGACGAUGGGUUGAUCAGCCCUCAAGAACCUGUAGGCGGAGAACUCCACAUCUCUCUGUGGUGCACCUAUGGACAUGGUAGGGCCAUACUGCCAAAGAAACCCAAACAGUACUGUUUUCCUAUUUUGUGAAAAGCCUGUAUUUUUUUAAGGUUUAAAAAAAAAAAUACCAUUAAUUAUUUCUGAAUACUUCAACUCCUAUUAAAUAGCCUAUUAGGUAUAUUAUUUUACAGUUUAAUAUCACAUCAACCGAAGAAUCUUCUUGUACUAAUUGCCCUGGAAAGACUUUCACUGAUAUCCCCGCUUUCCUUCCUCAAUUAUUGUGCCAGUUUUUGAUAAUUGGCCAGCACUUUAUUAAGUAGUUGUGCAAUGUGCGCAAAGGUGGAGGGAAGGAAAUACAAAAAUAACGUAAAAUAUAAAUUACUAUUACGCAUAUACGUAAUUUAUUUUUGGCCCUCACUGUUUGUUUGUUUUUAAAUAAUUUGUGCAGCAAGUUAUGUGAUUAAAUGAUUUACAAAUAUUGAAAUACCUGUAAUUUAAAAUGCAAACACAAAGAAUGAAACACGACUGGCAUAACAAAAAAAUGUUACACAUGUUCACAGUCUUGCCUAUGUCAAAAACCAAGUGCCUGUCUGUGCAGCUGCAAUGGUAUAUGCAUCCAUCUUUAUGUUACUAAAUGGUCAAUGCAUAUUUGUGAAAUUAUAAAGUAAUAUGAAAUCAUUAUUUUAAACAAAGCAUGUGAUUUAACAUGUUCUAUAUUGAUCUCAGUAGAAACAAUAUAGUGCCAUCUGUACAUUUAUUUCAGACCCUUUACAGGAAAGGCUCAUUAUCCUCAGGGUUUGUAAUGCAUAUAUAUAGUGAUAAUCAUUAAUGUCAUCACAAACCCACAGGAUUUGAGUGUAGCUAAACAAAAGGCACCAAGUGUUAUGCAUUGAACACAUCAGGUCUCAAUCUCUGGUUAAGGUUAAUUCCUAACUGUUUUUUUUUUUUUUUGUGAAGAAAGUUAUCUUUAAAGAUUCACAAUACUACAUCAUCUGACCUACAAUUCACCAGCUCUUUGUACUGUAGCCAUAUAAGCCCUUCCAGCUGUAUUUGUCUUCAUGUACUAAAUGUAAUUUUCACUUCUCAGUGGACUACUAAUUAGGAAAAACUUAUCUUACUUUGGCUGCUUUAAAUGACAAUUUUGAAUUGGUAUAAGGCCUAUUUAUUUAACUAAAUUGUUCUAGGGCUACCUUUCCACAAAGGUAAGGACUUACGUCUUCACUAUUAUUUUGAGAACUAUCAUCCUCUGCAGUGGACGUUUUGUUUGUGGUAUGUUUCUUUUUAUCAUUUAGAAGAUUUUGAAUACAAUAAACGUUCAUGUGAAAUACAAAUUGACGCUGUGCGUAGAAGAUUAAAAUGUCAAAGUAAGAAUCUGCAAAUGUGUUCACAUAUUGCUUCAAGUUCCGAGUCUAUACCACAGGAACUCUGUUUUUUAGGAAUUUGCUGAAAAAAUGAGCGUUUCCCAAGUUUUGAAAUGAACUGGGGACCAUUAUGGUGUUGUCCCGGGCUGGAUUUGGCCCCCGGAUUGCCAAUAAAUGGUAUGGAUCUAAAGGGGUGAAGAAGCCUUUAACCCUGUCUCUGCUGCAACUCUGCUCAUUUCAUUGCUCCAUUGUUUUUAUAAUGCAGCAGUAUUAAAAAGUCUUAACAAGA